AUGGAUUUGCGAAUACUCUAUUUAACCCUAUCGACACUGCAGGUGAUACACGCGUAUUGUUCGGUCAGUGAAGUUCAAUGCACAUAUAUAUUGAAUUGUGUGGAUCAAGUUGAUGUGAGUAUUUAUGAAUUUCAAAAUCCACCAAAUGGACAGUAUCGAGAUGUCGAGUGUCAACCAGCUGUGACAUACAAUGGACAUCACUAUUAUAAUGUGGAAUUUGUCUUCGAACAGUCUGAUGUGUCUCUUGAACCGUCACUAAGCAUCAUUAACGUCUCAAGUAAUAAACUGAAAACCUUACCAUUAGGUUUAUUUAAGAACAAUAUUUUGAAUUAUAUAUUCACUGAAAAUAAUUUAGAGGGUUCACUGGUUAAAGGCAUGUUAGAACACGUUGAUGCUGAAAAAUUAGAUUUUAGUUAUGAACGUUUGACCGAAAUACAAAACUACGCUUUUUAUAACCUCACCAAGCUUAAAGUUCUACUUCUAAAUUCCAAUAGAAUCAAAACUGUGUGUAACAACAGCUUCGAAACUUUAAUAAAUUUGGUGGUCCUUAACUUAUCUGAUAAUCAAAUAAGUAACUUAAACUUUAAUAAAAAAGAUUAA